UAGGUUUAAACUAUACAUACAUUUAAUUAUACAUAACAAAACAGUUCACUAACAUUAGUUAUAUUCAUGAUAUCUUGAAAUUUCAAGAUUUGCAAACAAAGCUUGAGCAGGAAAGAUGUUCUCGGAUUCAUCUGAAGAGGAAAAUUUGGACCGCUUUAAAGAAGCUACAGAUAUAAAUUUCUUCAAAAAUUCUCUUUAUAAAGUAGAAGAUAAUAACGUGGAAGAAGAAAUUAAAGUUGAACCGCUUCCUUCGUUGAGAAUAAAAGAUGAAUGUGACCAAUUCAAAUUAUUUAAUGUAACACCACAAUUUCAACAAUAUGUGGCAAAUGCUUUAAGUAAGAAAAUAGAGAAAUAUUUGAAAGAAAACUCAACUGUAUAUUGUGAAAAAAAAAAAAAAAAGAGGAAAACAACUGAUUAUAUUAAAUUAUUGAGUUCUUCUAUAUAUCCAAUUGAGAUUGAAAGUGAGAAAGAAAAAGUUUUCAAUACUAAGCCAAAAACUGAUGAAAAAUAUACGAUAAUUAAAAAAUCUCUUUUGAAAUCAGUAACAAUAACAGGAGAAGAAAUUUUAAGUAAAAAAGGAACUGAAUAUUGGUCAAAUAGAAGUAAAGCUACUGUAUAUAAUUAUAAGGAAAGCAAUGAAGGUAUUUUAUCAUUCAUAUCACCAGAAUUCAAGUGAAUAAAUGAACAUGACCUUCUAGACUAGUCUAGUAUUGCAUCUUCUAAUUAUAUUUUGAACUACAUUAGGGAAACUGUGCCAUGAUUGUGUUUUAUCAUAUCUUUUAAAAGUAUUUAUAUUUCCUUAUUUAUUAAAUUUGUGAAUUUCAUAAAAAUCUUCAUUUAUUCUGUGAAACUGAGGGAUGACAUCAAACUUGUAGAAGCAAUAAUAACUCAUUAUUGCCGAAGCAAGAUUUCAAUGAGUGUAGGUAUUACAUAUCAAAAUACCAUAUCUUCCUGCCAACAGUGUAAAAUAUGGAACAAAUCAAAUUUAUAUUCUUGAAUUACAAUUAAUUACAUCAAACAAAAUUUUACAAAACCAAAAUACAACUAGAAAGAAAUAAAGGGUAUGUGGAAGACA